AUGGAUUCUAACUCGUCAAAGGGCAGAGCGGCAGGGGACGGCUCAAUGAGGAGUGUGGAGGUCCCGCCGGUAUAUCGCCUUACGUCGUCGGAUAGCACGGGAGCCCAAAUAAUCGGGUGCACCCUCAACGGCGACAACUAUUUGACAUGGUCACGGGCCAUGUUGAUCGCGUUACGGGCCUUCAUAGACGGAUCUCUCGAGCAACCGGGAGAUAACAGUCCCCUCAGAGAAAGAUGGGAACGAUGUAACUCCACGAUCUUGGCGUGGAUGUUUAACACCAUGGAGGGCAGUCUUCAAGCCACCGUUACAUACGCCGUGGACGCCAAAAGGUUAUGGGAUGAUCUCAAGGAGAGAUAUUCCGAGGGAAAUCAAUCUAGGGUUUUCCAAAUCAAAACCGAAAUUUGUCUUCUCAAGCAAGACGGGCUGAGUGUUCGGGAUUACUAUGGUAAAUUGAAGUUGUUGUGGGAUGAGUUAGAGUUCUAUUUAGAACACCCGGGUUGUAGAUGUGGAGUGGGUGCCGUGAUUGCUGCGCAACGAGAAACGGAAAAAUGUUUUCAGUUUCUCAUGGGACUCACCUCGGAUUUUGGCACGAUUCGGUCCACCAUCCUCAGUAUUGAGCCGAUGUCGAAUUUGAACAAGGUGUAUAAAAUGGUGGCGAACGAAAAACGGCAGAAGCUGGUCUCGCGUGCACGAGAGUCAGCUCCUGAAUCGGCUGCAUUUCUCUCCAAAGAAAACCUGGAGCAGGGGCGAGGAGGAACCAACAGAGAGUUGCAGGGCUUUUCGGGGGAGAAGACAAUCUGUAGCAACUGUGGAAAAGUGGGCCACAUGAGGAAUUCUUGCUGGGCCCUCAUUGGAUAUCCAUCUUGGCACCCAAAAUCCAAGCCCAAUGGAGGGAAAGGGUCUGGACAAGGACAGACAAAGCAGAGCUUGGGCCGCGAGGGAGAGCCCAAUUCCAGCGAGGCCCAGACCGGGCAAAUGCAGUCCAGACGGGCCAAGGAAGUGGCUCACGGGCUGAACGUUUAG